GGCGUGUGAUUGGUUAUUGCUAGGGGACAGACAGCUUCAGAGCAGCCUCUACAUCCUCAACACAGGACGAUAAAACUCGUAAUGUUCACAGUUUAUCACAGUUCUGUCUUAUCACACAACUUUAUUUAAGUACCUAAAUGUGGAUAAACCAGCGGGGACGACGCCUUCUGUGUCCUAACAUUUACAACAUAUAAUGUAGCCCCCUGUUCCUCCUCAGGUGUGGCAGACGAUUCUGAGAAGACCACUGGCUACAGCUUCUUAGUUUUUUUUUUCCUGACAUCAAGACACUUCAAACUGACUGAAAUGGAUGAACAAAGUGUUGAGAGCAUCGCUGAGGUGUUUCGCUGCUUCAUCUGCAUGGAGAAACUGAGAGAUGCUCGUCUCUGCCCACAUUGCUCCAAACUGUGCUGCUUCAGCUGCAUACGACGAUGGUUGACGGAGCAGAGAGCCCAGUGUCCUCACUGUCGUGCUCCACUCCAGCUGAGGGAGCUGGUCAACUGUCGCUGGGCAGAGGAGGUCACCCAGCAGCUGGACACCCUGCAGCUCUGCAACCUCACCAAGCAUGAAGACAAUGACAAGGACAGAUGUGAGAACCACCACGAGAAGCUUAGUGUCUUCUGCUGGACCUGUAAGAAAUGCAUCUGUCACCAGUGUGCCCUGUGGGGAGGCAUGCACGGUGGCCACACCUUCAAGCCUCUGGUUGAGAUCUACGAGCAGCAUGUCACAAAAGUGAAAGAUGAGGUUGCCAAACUCCGCCGCCGCCUCAUGGAGCUUAUCAGUCUGGUGCAGGAAGUGGAGAGGAAUGUAGAGGCUGUCAGGGGAGCAAAGGAUGAGAGAGUGAGAGAAAUCCGAAACGCGGUGGAAAUGAUGAUCGCUCGUCUGGACAACCAGCUGAAGAACAAACUCAUCACCCUCAUGGGCCAGAAGACGUCCUUGACCCAGGAGACAGAGCUGCUGGAGUCUCUGCUGCAGGAGGUGGAGCAUCAGCUUCACUCCUGCAGCAAAAGUGAACUCAUCUCCAAGAGCCCAGAGAUCCUGCUCAUGUUCCAGCAGGUCCAUCGGAAACCCAUGCAGUCCUUCGUCACCACCCCGGUCCCUCCAGACUUCACCAGUGAGCUGGUUCCUGCCUAUGACUCCAGCACCUUUGUUCUCAUCAACUUCAGCACCCUGAGGCAGCGGGCAGACCCAGUGUACAGCCCACCUCUACAGAUAUCCGGACUCUGCUGGAGACUCAAAGUUUACCCAGAUGGUAAUGGUGUAGUCCGGGGAAACUACCUGUCUGUAUUCUUGGAACUGUCUGCUGGACUCCCUGAAACAUCAAAGUAUGAGUAUCGAGUGGAGAUGGUCCAUCAGGCCUCCAACGACCCAACCAAAAACAUAAUUCGGGAGUUUGCCUCAGACUUUGAGGUUGGUGAAUGCUGGGGCUACAACCGCUUCUUCAGACUGGACCUUCUGGCCAGCGAGGGCUACCUGAACAUGCAGACGGACACACUGGUCCUCUGCUACCAGGUUCGCUCACCAACAUUCUUCCAGAAGUGCAGAGAUCAGUAUUGGUACAUCAGCCAACUGGAAUCGGCCCAGAACGGUUAUAUCCAGCAGAUCAACAACCUUAAAGAGAGGCUGGCCAUCGAGCUGUUUCGCCGUCAAACGUCGCGCAGCUCGUCCCCACCUGACAUGAGGCUGGCUGCAGGCACCACCGCCUCUGAAAAAGACCCUCGCUCAGUGAAGAGCGACGAUGAUAUCCAGACCAUGUUGUCCAACACAAAAAAAUGUGAAGAGGAGGAGAGGACGCAGCAGGAUGAUUCUAAUGAGCUGUCGGACGGUGACUUGGAGGUGGACUGUCUGACGGAGGAGGAGGUGAACCCGCUGGAUGGCAGCAGCACCUCAGGGAGCUCCACAGCCACUAGCAACACUGAGGAGAACGACAUAGACGAGGAGACCAUGUCUGGAGAGAAUGAUGUAGACUUCAUUGGGAACCUGGAAACAGAAGAAGGAGAACUUCCUGAUGACUUGGCUGGAGCCACAGGUAAAUUCAGUGGAUCCAGCUCUAGUGCACCUUCCUUACACCGCAGUGCUGCUGCUGGUCGCAGUGGCAGCGGAGCUGCUGCUUGUGGUGCCGUUGGGCCAGGCAGUAACAGCCUCCUGGAGAUUGACCCGGUCAUCCUGAUCCAGUUGCUGGAUCUGAAGGAGCGCAGCAGCGUUGAGUCUCUGUGGGGCCUUCAGCCUCGGCCUCCUGUGUCUCUCCUCCACAGCCAAGUGAGGGACAAUCUGUAUAAAGUGCCCCAAUUGGCUCACACUCACUCCAGGAAAGAACGAGAGCGGCGGCCUCAGGUGGUCCGACGAUCAGCUCCAGACUCGGGGGUCCUGAUUCGCCUUAAGGCUCAGAUGGCAGAGGUCCGCAGCAAGAUGUCAGUCAAGAGUCAAGCGCUGGAGGCUCGGGGGGCCGUGGAACCUAGGCCUGGCCCAUCAGGGGCUUUCAGUGUGGAGGAGGUUUCCUCUCACCACGCUGAUUCAGAGCUGUCAGCUUGUCGUAAGACCAGUGAGCUGGACCUCCUGGGGAGAGCAGCUGCUCGGUCCAGGCCCUGUCGCCCUGUCAGGAAAUCUCUCUCUCCUGUCCUGGACAGCAGUGGCUCUCUGGUUGUGAAGAGAAGAAGUCCAGAAGAGCUGGACAAGGAGCUUAGAGGAGCAGAAGCCACCCCAGAGCUCAGCCUGCAUCCUAAAGAGGGACUGGCAGCUGCAGACGGAGUGCUGAAGGCAGACGGCCCCCAGGGCCCCGUCUUGUCUCAGGGCUGCUCCUCAUCAGAGCCGGGCUCCACCUCCAAGCAGCAGUACUCAGUAGAGUCACAGCUGUAUGGGAACUCUGGGCCAAAAGAUGACAUCUUCUCCUUGGGAGGACCAAGCUACUUAACUGCCAGCAAGAUCUGUGGCAGCAGGACCCUGGGGGCAGCAAUGUUGGACUGUGAAUCUGAGGGCUCAGGAAAUCAGUCUUUGCUGGAGGGACCAUCUGCACAGCCACAGUCAAAGGAAGAUCAGUCUCCCUCUGUCCUGGUGGCAGCAACAAGCAGUGACAGUGACAGUGAGGACGAUGGGCUGCAGAGCAACAACUCAAGCUACGACAACCAGACUCCUCCCUGCACAGGAGAGCAGCUCAUGUCUGAUGACAUGAGUCUUCCUGCUGACAGGUGAUUCCCUCUGAGUCUGUCAGACCUGGCAACCCGCUGCUUUAUCCUCUGUAGCCACACAGUCUUGCAACAAUGGCCGCAGACAACACACAAGCUUGUUACACAGAUUUGUAGAGUAGAGAAGCUGCUUGUUAUGCAUGAACUCAAAAUUCAUGAAAAUUCAACACUAGGUUGUUUGAUCGCCUGUUUGUCCAGAAAGAGUGCAUUCGGAGGUAAAGACGGCGGUUGAUCAACUUCACAUGGUCCAAUAAUAUCAAUGUCAGUAAUACAGUGUGAAUACAAUGAAACUGCACAUAAACACAAAGAGAGAGAGAGAGAAACCCCACAUCGCAAUUUUGCCAUUUAAAAUGAUAUUUCUCUCUUCACUGCUCAGCAUUUCUUGGUCGUCAACUUUCAAACACGUACACACUUUCACUUCUUUCAUUGUAUCUUCACUAAGUGCAUCUGAGGAACAUGUCUGAACGUGUAAUGACUGAAUUUCUAAUCUUUAUACUUUUAUUUUGCAAACCUGAACCUACAAGCCGUUAAGUCACUUCUAUUAACUUUAAGUACACAUCUGUCGCUUUUUCUGUGUAUAAAUACUUUUAUUAAUCUGAGGUUUAAGUGAGUUAACUGUAGCCUGUCAAUAAGAAAUGUUAUCUGUUGAGUUCAGUAUGCUCUUCAUUCUCAACACCUACUCGACGUCCUUCAGCCGUGCCCUGCACCUCUCUGUGUUUGUGAGCUUCCUUUUCUGAUGUAAACUAUAACAUUCUCCCUUUUCGGGAUAUUUAUGUAAAAGUCCUCACUCUGAAAAGCAGCACUAACAGGAACAUCUGUCUCCGUUUGACAUUUGAAAAGGCUGAAAGAUCACAGAAGAAUGUAGAUUUGAAAACAACUACUCCACUGCUUUCUUUUCUUGCCUGAAAUUAUGAAGUAUACUACAGACGCCAUAACAAUGUCCUGGCAGAUGUUUGGUUCAAUCUGUGUCUGCUCAGACAGUAGAUUAACACUAGACAAUGCUGCUCUGUGCAGGUGGAACCUUUGACCCAAGCAGAAAUACCCUGAACAGGAAUCUUUCCCAGUAGGACCAACACAGCUCUUACCAACCAAAAGUGGCUCUGAGGCGUUUAAGGGAGCGAUGCCAGUGUGGUUGACUUAGCAUGUAUUAUACCAAGACCCUGAAAUUGAAGGAGCCAAGUUAACAUUCAGUUUCGAAUUACACAGUAACACCAGUGUCUUUCCUAACGAGACAUGUCUCUGUGCCUGAUUUGGCGUCAGUGCUGAAAAUGCACAGCAACACUUGUGUUGGGUUGCAGCAAAUGAUACUUGUGAGUAAUGAUUCAUGUUUUGCUCAUUUUUUCAAGUGAGUCUUUGGUGUCAGCAAGGAGUGAAAAAUGUCUGUCAUAUUUUAUUCACAAAGUUAUUCCAUAGUGUUGAAUCCACAGAACACACUGUCAACAGAUUAGGUUGGAAACGCGUCAGGCCCUGAAUGAACUAGUGACGCUUCUUUCUGUGGGUUGCGUCUCGAAAUGUUUCUGUGCUGUGAGCAACACAAAUCAAAUUCCAUUUAGAAUCAUGGUAUUGCUGAAGAGGCGGACAUUCCAAUAGAUAUAUUAAAACCAUAGCAAAUUACACAAGAACGAUCUACACGAUGAGACAUCAAUAGAGCGAAGAGUUCAUUUUUUCACACUUUGUUAUUCAUAUUUAUUUGAAGCUCGCUUGUCUUUUACUUUGGAUAAAAGAGAAGACUUUACAUAUUGUUCAGUCUUUAGUUUACAUUGUAAAUAUCUUACCUGCUGUAAAUCGGCUCUAACGUGCAUGGCCUUAUUGGCUGGGUGGAGAGAAGAAGGUCGUAACAAUGAAGCUUGAUGUUUUAAUCCACUUCUACAGUUCCAGUCCAGUGAUUUCAGGACUGGAUUUCCGCUUUUCCUCCGUCACUGCUGCUGCUCACGAAUUUGAUGGAGGCGUUUGGAAACAGCAGCCACGUUUACAAGUUUUGUUUGGAUCAGAUUUUCUCUUAUUUGUGCUUGUUGUGUCAAACCCUGCUCUUGUUUUGAAUGUUCACAGGAUGUACUGUGCAUUGUUCAAUGUGUACAUUUCCCUUUUUGUCUAAUAAAUAAAAUGUUUUACGAUUCUGAAAA